UCGAUAUCCUUGUUUUCGCGUUCCUUCGUUAUUUUCCUAUCUUAUAUAUAUAUUUUCGACUUCCAAAUAACGGAAUUAUAACGGACUUAUAUUUUUAGUAGCCUGCACGUGUGUUACAUAGUUAUAUACAUUCUCUCGUUAUGAUCGUCAAAGAUCUAUUAACAAUAGCUUUAUUGCUGAUCGCAGGCCAAAGUGUUCUUCUUCAAGCUAAUGGAGUAGUGAAUAAUACAGUAGUGAAAGAAUACAAAGAAAAUAUAUAUCGGCUACCCAAAUAUGUCACGCCUAUUCAUUACGAUAUAAAAUUAAUACCACAUAUCACGUGGAAGGUAACUUUACUUUCGAUGGCGAAGAAAGCAUCAAUAUUAUGCAAACCGACAAACACGAUCGCAUUGCACACGUACAACUGAAAAUAGAUGAAGCGUUGACAGCACUGACUCGCAAAGAAAACGAUGUAAAUGCUGUACCGAAUUAUGUUCCUAAAAAGUACGAAUAUAAUCAUAAUACGCAAAUUUUGAUUGUACGAUUCGAGGAGCGAUUGGAUCCUGGAAUUUAUCAGCUAUAUCUCAAAUUCACGGGUGUGAUAAGUGUUCAUCGUGGAUUCUAUCGAAUCUUCUAUACUGAUAAUAAAGGUCAUAAAGUAUUGUUGGCAGCAACGCAUUUCAACCCAGUCUACGCACAAAAGGCGUUUCCAUACUGGGACGAGCCUGCUAUAAAAGCGACCUUCAAAUUUUCCACAAAACAUUCUACACAGCGUUGUCUGGGGCAUAAUCGUCUAUGUGUAAGUACAUAAACAUAUUUUUUCUCUCAGAGAAAAUAAUUAUCCUAUUAUAUAAAGGAUUCUAUUAUAAAGGAUUAUAGAUAAUCCUUUAAAAAACCACAGAUAUAAUUAAAUGAUUAUAUAUGUAUAUUAUCAA